ACUCCGACUCCGCCGGAGAAGGCUUAACGCAGGAGGGGUGGCCGGCCAGUGGGAGGGGCGCGAGCUGGUUUGGUGGCCUUUCAUUUCGCGGAGGCUGCGGAGGGAGCCGCGUCGUUCCGCUGAGCAGCAGCCAGGAAGGCUUCGGAGGAAGAAGAGGAGGAGCAGCCGCCGCAGCAGCAGCAGCAGCCAUGCCGAAACAUGAAUUCUUUGUAGACAUGACCUGUGAAGGGUGCUCUAAUGCCGUCACCCGUGUUCUCAACAAGCUGGGAGGUGUUCAGUUUGAAAUCGACCUGCCCAACAAGAAGGUGAAUAUAGAGUCAGAGCACAGUGUUGACACCUUACUGAACACCCUGAAGAAAACUGGGAAGGAUGCCUCCUACCUUGGAGACAAGUAGCCACACAGGCAUGUUUGGCUGCUGGGGCUCCUGUGCUUCAGGAAAGCAACGCUUAACAUGGUUUCAGUCCGAAGGCGGCUGUUUACACUUCUGUCAAUCUUCCUUUGACCACAGUUGCCCUGCCAGAUGUUGGAGAAGAGGGGAAGGGUGGGAAGAAGAAGAAGAAGGCCUUUGGCGGGGGAAGGACUAUGAGAAAUUUUGACCGCAGAUGUCCCACAUACUGUCCUACAGCUGUAGUGUUUCUUCUCUUUGGCUUUGUAAUAAAACUUGGAUCUGCUAUAUUCAAGUAAA